UCGGUGAUAGAGGAUUUUCGGAUUGGGCAGGAGUUCGUUCGUGGUGUCCAGCUAGCCACUCUGGACAAUGGUGGUUUAGAUUUAGAGACCGUUGAUCGGCUACGUAAUCCUCUGCGUACACCACUCAAUAUAACAGACCCAGAUUUUCGUUUAUCCCUCGAUAUCUUCCUCGCCACUCGAAAUGCUUCACAGAAAACAUAUCACGACAUCCACCAGGCCAUGCAGCGCCACAAUCCCGAGUCUGCUGUGCCAUCACAUGCACAGAUGAAACGCCGUGUCGCGGAGCUUAGCGGUGUCACUCCCACCAUUCAUCAUAUGUGUAUCAACUCCUGCCUCGCAUUC